AUGCAAAGAGCAAAGUUGCCUAUCCAAGCUGCCAAUAUUCCUCAUGCUUGGAGCAAACCUCCUGCGGGAACAAUCAAAUGCAAUGUUGAUGCCGCGUCUUUCAACAACAAUUCAAUUAUGGGGUAUGGUAUUUGUUUUCGAGAUUCCUCAGGAUCAUUUAUGUUUGGCAAAUCUGAUUAUCUUUAUUCUUCCACCACAAUCCUAGAAGCCGAAACCAUAGGUUUGUUGGAAGCUAUAAAAAUGGCCAUCCUGGAUGGAAUGACUGCUGUCUUUUUUGUAACUGAUUGCAAAACUCUGGUUGAUGCACUCGCCACAAACUCCAACCCUCCUAAUGAAUUUGGUGACCUGAUCUCCCAGUGUAGAAGUCUCUUACUUACCAGUCCCGAUUUUGUAGUGUCGCAUAUUCGGAGGCAAGCAAAUAGUGUUGCUCAUAAUAUUUCUGUCCUAGUUGAUCCUAUUCGACAUUAA